AUGACUGUAUUUGCUAACGCAGACCCAUCCAAGGGCUACAAAGGCAUUACCUGUUUUCUAGUGGACAGAAAUCAGGAAGGAGUUACGGUGGCAAAGAAGGAGGAUAAGCUAGGAAUUCGUGCUUCAUCCACAUGUUCGGUCUUCUUUGAGAAUGUAAGGGUGCCCAAGACUGCUAUACUUGGUGAAUAUGGAAAAGGUUAUAAAUACGCUAUCGAAUGUUUGAACGCCGGUCGAAUUGGUAUUGGUGCUCAAAUGAUUGGAUUAGCACAAGGGUGUUUCGAUGCCACCAUCCCUUACCUGCAGGAACGGAAGCAAUUCGGAUCACGGUUAAUCGACUUUCAGGUACCUCAAUUCUUCAUCCUGGAAGUAACCGCCGCCGGUUGCGCCAGCAGUAACGAGUGCGAUACGCCCGCGCGGCCCUGCGUUUUGAAACGUUGUUGUGGUGUCAUUGAACGUGAUGCGAAUAAUACCCAAGGCUAUAUUGGCAAGCGUGAGGACCGGUGGGCGGGAGGGUAUGCAACAUCAAAUUUCUCAAGCAGCGGUCGAGAUCGAGGCUGCUCGAUUACUGGGGACAAUAACAUUCCAUUCGUGAAGCAAGCCGCCAUGGCGAAACUCUACUCAUCUCAGGUGGCGUGUAGUACCGCUUCAAAAUGUGUGGAAUGGCUUGGUGGAGUAGGUUUUACGAAGGAGUAUCCCGUGGAGAAAUACUACAGAGAAUGA